CCGGACGUACACAGGAAGUUUAGUUAGGAAACAAAACACAUAUACAUCUAUUUUUUAAAGUCAUGUAACGUCGGUCACCUAUAAUUUAUUUUGAAUUUGUUUUCAAAUCAUAAUGGUAUAUUUUCCUGUUGCAUCCAAACGGCUUGCCAAUCACCGUUUUACUUUGAAAAUAGGAAGGAGCGAAGCGAUUUGACUUCCCGUGACUGGAAAGGCGAUUUUGGAUAUUUGCAACUUAACCUAACUUUGCCAGUGGUGGUACUCGACAACAUAAGCAUCGCAGGUCACUUUUUGUAGCGUCUAGGUACGACAGCAAGUGUCCUAAUCCUUAGAAAAAAAUGUCCUCCUUGGGCGGAAUGACGGUGCCGAGCCGUCUCCCGUUGCUCCUGUCCCACGAAGGGGUGCUGCUUCCAGGCUCGACCGUCCGCUUCAACGUCGAUACUCCUCGGAACAUGCACCUGAUCAAGCACCGUCUGCUCAAAGGGACCUCGCUCAAAAGCACCAUCAUCGGAGUGAUCCCCAACACCAGGGACCCUGCGAAGGAUGCCGAUGACCUCCCCACAUUGCACAAGAUUGGUACAGCCGGGAUCGCAGUGCAGGUCGUGGGCAGUAACUGGCCAAAGCCACACUAUACACUACUCAUCACUGGAUUGUGCCGCUUUAGCGUGUCAAGCCUGUUGACGGAACGGCCCUUUGUUUUGGCAGAGGUGGAGCAUUUGGAUAAACUGGAGCAUUACACCACCCCGGCAGAGGGUGUCACAGCAGAAGAUGGAGAGCUGCAGGAGUUGUCCCAAAAAUUCUACCAGACAGCUCUACAGUUGUUGGGUAUGCUGGACAUGUCUGUUCCGGUAGUGGCCAAAUUCAGACGUCUUUUGGACAGCCUUCCCAAGGAAACUCUGCCCGAUGUUGUCGCUUCCAUGAUCCGCACCUCAAACAAGGAGAAAUUACAGGUCCUGGAUGCCGUUAGCUUGGAGGAGCGUUUUAAGAAAACAUUGCCCAUGCUGACCAGACAGAUAGAAGGACUUAAACUGCUGCAGAAAACAAGGAGAAUGAUGCCUGGCCCAGAAAAGAAGGUGCGCAAAGGGGGGGUGUUUCCAGGCCGUCAUUUCAAUCUGAACGAGGAAGAUGAGGACGAGGAUGGUGAUGAUGCACCCUCCCUGGAGAAGAAAGUUCAUGGGGCUAACAUGCCAGACGCAGCUCUCAGAGUUUGCUUAAAAGAGCUCAAAAGACUGAAGAAGAUGCCGCAGUCCAUGCCUGAAUAUGCCCUCACGAGAAACUACUUGGACUUGAUGGUAGAGCUUCCAUGGAACAAAAGCACCAAAGACUGCUUGGAUAUUCGAGCUGCCCGAUUAUUGUUGGAUAAUGACCAUUAUGCAAUGGACAAGCUGAAAAGACGAGUGCUGGAGUACCUGGCUGUUAGACAACUGAGAGCUUCACUGAAGGGCCCAAUCCUGUGCUUUGUGGGACCACCUGGAGUCGGUAAGACCAGUGUGGGGCGCUCCAUCGCCAAGACUCUAGGCAGAGAAUUCCACCGCAUUGCUCUUGGGGGUGUUUGCGACCAGUCGGACAUCCGAGGACACAGACGUACUUAUGUAGGCAGCAUGCCCGGCCGCAUCAUCAAUGGUUUGAAGACCGUGGGUGUCAAUAAUCCAGUUUUCCUCCUGGAUGAAGUGGACAAACUGGCAAAGAGCCUGCAAGGAGACCCUGCAGCUGCACUGCUGGAGGUGCUCGACCCGGAGCAGAACCACAGCUUCACAGACCACUAUCUCAACGUGGCCUUUGAUCUCUCUCAAGUCCUCUUCAUCGCCACAGCCAACACCACAGCGACUAUCCCCCCCGCCCUGCUGGACAGAAUGGAGGUGCUGCAAGUGCCCGGUUACACGCAGGAGGAGAAGGUGGAGAUAAGUCACCGGCACCUGAUCGCUAACCAAAUGGAGCAGCACGGAUUAUCACCGCAACAACUGCAAAUACCCCCAGAUACCACCAAGGAUAUUAUAAACAGGUACACGCGUGAGGCCGGUGUGCGCUCGCUGGAGAGGAAGAUUGGAGCCAUCUGCCGAGCUGUCGCUGUGAAAAUCGCUGAAGUCCAAACAGAUUCCAAGACUGAAGAGUUGACUCCCGAGGGUCACACACAGCAGGGAGAGAAGGCAGCCCCCCCGGCGAUGCCAAUCGUGAUCGACCACAGGGCCCUAAAAGACAUCCUGGGAACUCCCCCCUUCGAUAUGGAGGUGUCGGAGCGGCUUACUCUACCCGGCGUGGCCCUGGGCCUGGCUUGGACCCCUCUGGGUGGCGAGAUCAUGUUCGUGGAGGCCAGUCGAAUGGAGGGUGAAGGUCAGCUGACUCUUACAGGUCAGCUGGGCGACAUCAUGAAAGAAUCAGCACAUCUCUCCAUCAGCUGGCUGAGAGCCAAUGCUAAACGCUACCAGCUCACUAACAUGGUGGGGGGUCCGGAUCCUUUGGAAGGGACAGAUAUCCAUCUUCACUUCCCUGCCGGAGCUGUGACCAAGGAUGGUCCUUCUGCUGGUGUUACCAUAGUAACCUGCCUGGCCUCUCUGUUCAGUGGACGAUUGGUCCGAUCUGACGUCGCCAUGACUGGAGAGAUCACGCUGAGAGGCCUGGUUCUUCCGGUGGGCGGUAUCAAAGACAAGGUGCUGGCGGCCCACCGGGCGGGGGUCAAGCGAGUCAUUGUGCCCAAACGCAACGAGAAGGACCUGGAGGAGCUUCCGGCAAACGUGCGAGACGACCUGGACUUCGUCACCGCCGCCGACCUGGACCAGGUGCUGAACGCCGCCUUCGACGGGGGCUUCCCCGGGGCGGCGCGUAUGCGAGAACACCCGCAGAUCAGCAGCAAGCUGUAACCGUGUGACGCCGUAGGCCGUGAUUAAGGGUUGCGCCUCCAGCACGUGUGUGUCCGCUGCACGUGGCGAAUACAUGAAUCUUCACUCAAAGUGUUUGAAGUGUAGUGCAUCAAGAGUUGAAAUGCCUUUUUGGGCGCUUAUGUUUUUUUCCAUCAACUGGUUCAUUUUCAUGAAACAAGCUAAUUUCACAAUAAAAGAGGGUAGUUUUACACAAUAAUGUCACAGACAGGUUAUGAUGACACCUGGGGCCUCAUGUACGACGACUUGCGUGAAUUUCCCCCGAAAACGUCGUACGCACAAAAAUAUUCAGAUGUAUGAAACUGCGUACUCAUGAAUCCAAGCACAUUUCCUUCGUACAUUCCAAUCAACGUGGAAAUGAGCGCACAUGCUGGAGUCGCCGACUCCUCCCUGUCCACGCCCACAUUUGAAUAUGCAAAUCACAUUUAAAUGAACCCUGCCCCUGAGAUGCCAAACUCUACGUGAGCAGAAAAAAAGGAAAAUGCUGUGGAGACAGAACAGCGCGCGCACGCUGAACUAAAAAAAGAAGUGGUCAGACAUUAAGGUGGAUGCGAAGCGGGGGACAGCUGCCCACCGCCAAAGUGUGCCCAAAACAGGCGGAAGAACCGCCGCCGAGGCCCCCCAUCCUGUUCGAGGAGAGAAUCGCUGCGAUCGUGGGUGACAUUACUCUUUCGGGUGCUGGGAGCACGUGUGGCUGACUCUGUUCACCCCACGAGGUUAAUAUCAUGCAUCUUUAUGACUCAUAACAAAUGUGAUCAUACAGUAACCUACACUCAACCCUGUGAGAUAAAGGUUCAUGCGUAAAUGUUGUAUGUGUGGUCCAUCCAUCCAUCCAUUUUCUGAGCCGCUUCUCCUCACUAGGGUCGCGGGCGUGCUGGAGCCAAUCCCAGCUGUCAUCGGGCAGGAGGCGGGGUACACCCUGAACUGGUUGCCAGCCAAUCGCAGGGCACACAGAAACAAACAACCAUUUUCACUCACAUUCACACCUACGGGCAAUUUAGAGUCUCCAAUUCAUGCAUGUUUUUGGGAUGUGGGAGGAAACCGGAGUGCCCGGAGAAAACCCACGCAGGCACGGGGAGAACAUGCAAACUCCACACAGGCGGGGCCGGGGAUUGAACCCCGGUCCUGAGAACUGUGAGGCAGACGCUCUAACCGGUCGUCCACUGUGCGGUAUUUGUAAUAAAUAUUUUGAAUUCAAAUAGAAGCACAUCACCAUAUCAAAGAGGAUAUCAAAAACUUUGACUCCUUUUGGAUGACUCACUUUUAUUAUUUUAAUCCACAGGAGUGAACACGCACGCUGAAAAAAUUGUGUUUUUUAUUUUUUUGAAGAGGGGUGUUUAUGUUAUUAUGUCAAUUUAAACACAUUUUAAUCAUGUGCAACGGAUGUCCAUGUUCAAAUUAAGUACAUUCAAAGGACUCUUUUUUUUUCAGUGCAUGUGCUGGAGACACAAGAAGCGAUUAUGAGGGCAAUAGGCGCCAUAAAUGAUCGCCUUGAUCGAUUAAUAGGUGUCCUCACAAAUAUCAGUGAUUCAUUAGAUACACUGGUCAACAAAUGAAUUGUCAGUCCUUACCUCAAUUACAUUGUUGAAAUCAAAUGUUGCCGGGCAUGAAUUGUUCAUCAGUGCUAAUUAUUCAUGAUUCUCUGGUGUGCAGAUUUAUGAGAACAGUUUCCCAUCAUCACCUCUAAGUGUCGCCAAAGCACCAAAAGCUGCAGAAACGUGCGUACGCCGGCCAAGCAGUUGGCGUGAGGCACUUUGCCGUGAAAAAGAACGUACGCCACGUUUCUGUGCGUACGCACCUUUUGUACAUGAGGCCCCUGGAGAGGCAGGUUACACCCUGGACUGGUCAUCAGGAAAUUGUGGGCCGCAUAUAGUAUGAACACAUUCGUUAGGAGUUCUUAAAAAAAAAAAAAAAAAAAAAAUACAUAUCAUCCUUGCGGGGUGAUCAUUGUCAGUCACAUGUCCUCCCAUCACCCCCGAGAGAGCAGCGUCACCCACGAUCGCAGCAACUCUCUCCUCGAACGGGGUGAGGCCCUCCGCGCCGGUUCUUCCGCCUGUUUU